AUGCAUUCUUCUCUCAACCGCGCGCAGGCUGUCUUCGGUUUCUUCACCACAGUCGCCUGUGUGGUAGCUGCCGUAGCCGCUCUCUCUACACUUCUGUUCCCCACAACCGCAACAACCGCAUCGGUGCAGUUGAAGAACGUCCAGGUAGCCAAGGGUCGACCACACUACUAUUCCAGCAAACGCUCCGAAUACGCCCAAAUUCGCUUCGAUCUCGACGCUGAUCUAACUCCUCUUUUCAACUGGAAUACUAAACAACUCUUCGUCUACGUCUACGCAAGUUACUCAUCAUCCAAUGAUCAAAACUCCCUCCUCCCUGACUCGGAGGCCGUUAUCUGGGAUACUAUCAUCUCUGCACCUGCUUCGCCGUAUAGCUGGGACAAGCUUAAGGAGCAAGCGCUCGACGCGCUCCCAGCGCCUGUCUUAGCGAAGAUUUCGCCUGGUUCUGUGAAGAGCAGCAAGCGUACUAGCUCCAAGGCUAGCAAGAAGGCUAAGGCUAAGGCGGAUGUGAAGGAGGAGGCUCUGCCAGGGGUUCUUAGACUGAGGGGGCAGAAGGCGAAAUAUCAGAUCAGUGAUAUUACUGGGGUUUUGGCUGAGAGGCAGAAUGUUACUUUGGCUGUUGGGUGGAAUGUGCAGCCUUGGGUUGGGGCUUUGUGGUGGAGUCCUGGGUCUGGGGCUGCGCUGCGCACGGAGGGGACAGUUUUGAGGAGUGAGGCGUUUGAUUUCCCGGCUUUGAAGGGGAAGAAGGUUGAGAGUCAGAGUCAGAGUCAGAGUGAGAGCGUUUGA